AGGUGUGCGAUGUAGGCUGGUGGUUACUAGCGAGAAGUGGUGGUAAUCAGCCAUACUGUAGCUAUAUUUAAGAAGUAUUCUCCUUUUAGGAUUCUUUCUUCCUCGAUCCCCAGUUACCACCAAUCCACCAUUGCUAGAAGCUCUCGCCGUACGCUACUGGCGCCGAUUCUCCAUUUCUACUGUUGAGGCCUUCAGGGGGUGCAUACUAGGGGUACUCGAACAAUGAUGGAACUUGGAGAGGGAAAUUGAUGUGGCCUGUGGCUUGCUGUUGAUGGUGGCGUGGAAUGCUUUGAAAUAGGAGUAUUCUCAGCGAACGAAAACUGACAGCCUUUUCUUAAACUGUCUAUUCCCUGGCGAAUUACGUUGGUAUACUUAGCACCUUUCAGUAGUGGUGUCCAGCAAAUUUUUUAUUGUGGACUGAAAGCACUGACCCAUGGCCGGUUCAGAUCCUGAAAAGCUGAUGGCCAAAGCGGACAAGAUGACUAAGCUAAGUUUUACUAGAUGGAAUGCUGAUUGGAGGAAUGCAGCAGUUUUAUAUGAACAAGCUGCUAUCGGAUUCAGACUUGCUAAAAACUAUGAGAAAGCAAAGUUAGCGUUUGAAAAGGCAUCCAAGGGACAAGAGAUGCUUUCCUCGCCUUGGGAUGCAGCUAAACAUAUGGAAUCUGCUGCUGCAAUGGCAAAGGAAGCAGGAAGCUGGAAUGAGGUUGCUGAUUUCUAUAGAAGGGCUUCCGAGUUGUACAUCGAGUGUGGAAGAUCACAGCCUGCAUCAGAUGCUCUUGGAAAAGGCGCUCGUGCUUUAGAAGAGUCCUUACCUGAGGAAGCUGUGCGUUUAUAUACAGAUGCUUGUGAUAUACUAGAAGAGGAUGGAAAGGAGCAGAUGGCGUUUGAUUUGUAUCGCGCUGCUGCUAGUAUUCAUAUAAAACUUGAAAAAUAUGAAGAUGCUGCGACUGUCUUACUUAGGUGGGGCUUAGCAGCCGAUAAGUGCAAUGCCAAAAACAGCCAGUGUAAGGCUUAUCUUAGUGCCAUCAUUGUUUACCUCUACAUGCACGAUUUCAGACAAGCCGAAAAGUGCUAUAACGACUGUUCACAAACUGAUGCUUUCAUCGGUAGUGAUCAGUUCCGUGCUGCCAGUAAACUUCUUUCUGCAUACCAAGAAGGGGAUAUUGAAGAAAUCAAACGUGUGGCACAAUCUAGUACCAUUUCGAAUCUGGACCACGUUAUAAUCAGGCUUGCUAGGAAACUGCCGACUGGUGAACUUAAUGUGGGUAGGGCUGAAGCCGCUGAGGAAGAGGGAGCCGAGCUAGACGAAGAUAACCUCAUAUAGUUCCUCAUUUAAGCGAUUUGUGUUACUUUCCUUGUAAAAAGCUGUCAUCAGAGACUCGUUUGUGGUGUUAAUGUUUCUUUGGGUUUGCCAAGUUGUCUAAGGUAUCGCUACCGAUAUCUGGCUGCAUCUUAUAUACUGUAUAUUCAAGUAUUCAUUAUUUUCUAAAUCGAACUCUCAUCAUUAAUCAAAACCACAAGAAUCCUUCGUUCGAGUA